CUCCCUCAGCAUUGACUCUAUUUUGUGAAGCGGUGUGAAAAAUUAAGCAUAUUUAAGGCAGAAACUGUGAUAUUAAUAUCACACAACAAGGACUGUUGACUAAAGGACUCUACAGGACUCAGCUGUGUGUUUGUGCAUACUUUACUAACAUUCAAAGAUGGAGAAUCCGGAUCAGGACACCGAUAAUGAGUCCCCACCCGCAAAAAUACGUAAACUCCAGGGCAAGAGAUCAGAAUCACCAGCACCUAGCUUUAUGUCCAUGAAGAGUCAUGAGUCUAUAAAGCAUCCCUUGGAUUUUAAAGAUGGAGUGUCAUCAACUAAACACAUUGUUCUACAGGAGGAAGGAGACAUAAAAGAAAAGAGAAUCACAGAUACAGAGCAUGGCCCAGAAUCUGUGGCUGUAGAUAAAUUCCAGAAAAACUUAAAAUUAAAUCUGAUGAAGAAGUUUCAGUGUUUGCAUGGAGUGAUGUUAAGCCCUGGGAACCAAACACUCCUGAGUGAGAUCUACACAGAGCUCUACAUCACAGAGGGAGACAGUGGAGAAGUUAAUAAUGAACAUGAGGUGAGACAGAUUGAGGCAGCAUCGAGGAGAACAACAACAGAGGAAACACCAAUCAAAUGCAAUGACAUCUUUAAGCCUUUAUCUGAACAAGAUGAAUCCAUCAGAACUGUGCUGACAAAGGGAGUCUCUGGCAUCGGAAAAACAGUCUCUGUGCAGAAGUUCAUUCUGGACUGGGCUGAAGGGGAAGCAAAUCAGGACAUUCCCUUCAUAUUUCCACUUCCUUUCAGAGAGCUGAACUUGAUGAAGGACCAGAAACUGAGUCUGAUGGAGCUCCUUCAUGUCAUUUUUAAGGAAACAAAAGGAACAGAAAGGUUCAGUGUGGAAAAGGUUCUGUUCAUUUUUGACGGAUUGGACGAGUGUCGUUUUCCUCUAGAUUUCCAGAACACAGUGAGAGUGUGUGAUGUAACUGAAUCAGCAUCAGUGCAGGUGCUGCUGAUAAACCUGAUCAGAGGGAAUCUGCUUCCCUCUGCUCUCAUCUGGAUCACCUCCCGACCAGCAGCAGCUGAUCAAAUCCCCUCUGAGUGUGUGGAUCGUGUCACAGAGGUACAAGGGUUUAAUGACCCACAGAAGGAGGAGUACUUCAGGAAGAGGAUCAGUGAUCAGAGCCUGGCCAAUAACAUUAUCACACACCUGAAGUCAUUAAGAAGCCUCUACAUCAUGUGCCACAUCCCUGUCUUCUGCUGGAUUUCAGCCACUGUUCUAAAGAGAAUGUUGGGUGAAGCAGACAGUGGAGAGAUCCCCAAAACUCUGACUCAAAUGUACACACACUUCCUCAUUAUUCAGACAAACAUAAGUGAAAAAUACUCAAAUAAUCAGGAGAGUGAUGAAGAAAUGCUUCUUAGACUGGGACAACUGGCUUUUCAGCAGCUGAUGAAAGGGAACCUGAUCUUCUAUGAGGAAGACCUGAGAGAGUGUGGCAUUGAUGUGAGAGAAGCAGCAGUGUACUCAGGUGUGUGUACACAGAUCUUCAGAGAAGAGUUUGGGCUUCACCAGAGUAAAGUGUACUGCUUUGUACAUCUGAGCGUUCAGGAGCACCUCGCAGCUCUGUAUGUGCACCUGACAUUCAUGAUGAAAAAGAGGAAUGUUCUUAUACAAAAUCAGGUCUCUGAACAAGAGAUAAAAGAAAAUACAAUCUCAAAUUUACACAAGAGUGCUGUAGAUCAGGCUUUAGAAAGUCAGACUGGACAACUUGACCUUUUCCUUCGCUUUCUUCUGGGUCUCUCAUUGGAGUCCAAUCAGAAACUUGUACAAACCUUGAUAACACAGAGAGGCUGUAGAUCCCAGAGCAUAAAACGUACAGUUCAGUAUAUCAAGAAGAAGAUAAGUGAAGAUCUUCCUACAGAGAAAUCCAUCAAUCUGUUCCACUGUCUAAAUGAACUGGGUGAUAAUUCUCUAGUGGAGGAAAUCCAACGCUACCUGAAAUCUGGAAAACAAAGUGAACUCUCUUCUUCACAGUGGUCUGCUCUGGUGUUUGUGUUACUGACAUCAGCACAGGAGCUGGAAGAGUUUGACCUGAGUAAAUAUACAAGUACAGAUAAGAUAACAGAAGCUGUUCUUCUGAAAUUGAUGUCUGUGAUUGCAGCAUCCAGAAAAGCAACUAUCAGGUGUGAUACACUUGGAGUGAAAAGUUGGUCAGCUCUGACUUCAGCGCUCAACUCAGAAACCUCCAAUCUGAGAGAACUGCAUCUGACUGUGAAAACACUGGAUCUGACUGGGAAUAACCUAGGAGAAUCAGGAGUGAAAUGUCUCUCUGCUGGACUGGAGAAUCCUCACUGUAAACUGGAGACACUGAGGUUGUUUAUGUGUGGUGUAUCAGGUGAACACUGUGCUGCUCUGAAUUCAGCUCUGACAUCAAACCCCUCACACCUGAGAGACCUGGAUUUGUCCCGGAAUAAACUAGGGGACUCAGGAGUGAAGUGUCUCUCUGCUGUACUGGAGAAUCCACAGUGUAAACUGGAGAAACUGUGGUUACGUGAGUGUGAUAUAUCAGAUGAAGGCUGUGCUGCUUUGACUUCAGCUCUGAGUUCAAAUCCCUCACACCUGAGAGAACUGUAUCUGCCUGAGAAUAAACUCGGAGACUCCGGAGUGAAGUUUCUGUCUGCUGUUCUGAAGAAUCCUCACUUUAAACUGAAGAAACUGGGGUUAUGUGAUUGUGGUAUAUCAGAUGAAGGAUGUUCUGCUCUAAAAUCAGCAAUUAGCUCAAACCCUUCACACCUGCAAGAACUGAAUAUAUCCUUUAAUAAAAUCGGAGACUCAGGAGUGAAGUGUUUGUCUGCUGUUCUGGAGAAUCCUCACUGUAAACUGCAGGCACUGUGGAUACGUAAGUGUGGUGUCUCAGUUGAAGGCUGUGCUGCUCUGACCUCAGCUCUGAAAUCAAACCCUUCACACAUAAGAGACCUGAAAAUGUCUUUGAAUAAACUAGGAGACUCAGGAGUGAAGUGUCUCUCUGCUAUACUGGAGAAUCCUCACUGUAAACUGCAGAAACUGUGGUUGUGGGAUUGUGGUAUAUCAGAUGAAGGCUGUGCUGCUCUGACUUCAGCUCUAAAAUCAAACCCUUCACACCUAAGAAAACUUGAUCUGUCCUAUAAUAAUCUCGGAGACUCAGGAAUGAAAUGUCUUUCUUCUGUACUGGAGAAUCCUCGGUGUAGUCUGGAGAUACUGGGGUUGUGUAAGUGUGGUGUGUCAGAUGAAGGCUGUGCUGCUCUGACUUCAGCUCUAAGAUCAAACCCCUCACACUUGAAAGAAUUGGAUCUGUCUGAUAAUAAAAUAAGAUAUUCAGUAAAGAAGCAGCUCUCUGCUCUUAAGGAAGACAAACAUUACAAACUACAGACUCUGAAGUUGUAGUGAACAUGUUUGUGUAAUAUGAACCGGAACUGUUUGAAGUCGAGUCGCCCGAGUCGUGUAUCUGGUGAAGCCCAGAGGAAACAAGUCACAUUUAACACUUCAUCUUUUGGUUAAUUAAUCUUUUGGUGACUAGAAGUAACUGUUAAAAAGUUUUGUUGGUCUGAGUAUAUGAUUAAACACAAAUACAGUGCUGUAUUAUUUAUGUUGUAUAAAGUUAAUAUUGUUAAAUAUAUUUCUCAGGAACUGUUGCAAUAUUAUGUCCAAACACAAUAUAUUUUUACAAUAGAUGUUUUUGAAGGGAAGAUUGCUUUUGUUAUUUAAAUCACCCAAGAUUGUUGGGUCAGCAUCAUCACCUAUCCUUGGUGAGAUCACACAACCCAGACUGGGUCAGUUCACACUGCACUCAGUACUGGAACACAGAAGUGAUUCAAACUGUUAUGUUUAACUCAGCAAUUUUAGAUGCACCUUUUUUGUUGAGAAUUAACUGGGAAUGAAGGAAUAUUAGCACAAAAAUCUUUUUUUCUGUAAUAAUGAUGUCAUAAAAAAUCCUUCUAUUGGUCAUUCACGUGGACAAUUAUUAUUUAGGUUUAGUUCACUAUUUAUGAUGGUGACAUGGCUUUUGUGUAGUAGUAUUACAUAGGGGUUAGUCUUCAUGUUAAAACCUGUUAUGCCUGUCUUUUUACAUGCUUUCUCCUUUAGGCAUGUUGGCAGUGGAAUCUUUUUUGUGUAAAAUGCCUUGUAUGCCCUAACCAUGUAUAUAGUCAUUUUUAAUAGUAAGAUUUUUUUAUUUUCUCUCUCAAGGGCUCAUUAGUUCAACUAAAUAAUGACUGUAUUUGAACAAGAACCCCUGUUAUGUAUGUAAUAAAAGUAGUCUUCAACAUGA